AACACUCGGCCUUAUCAGUAAGUGAUUCCCUGCUCCAUGAGCUAGCCGCAUAUAUAAGCACCGUCUACUCCCACAAUCUGCACAACAGUCUUUGAUUAGUUACCGUUAAGUUAAGGAAAUGUAUUCGAAACUCAUUACCUGUGCACUGAUUUUUGCCCAGCUCUUGGGCACUAUCUAUUGCGGUGUAUAUGAUAAUACAGAUCGCUGGCUGCUUUCCGACAAGUCGAAGAAUUUCCCCGAUAAUGCUGUUCUGGGCGGCAUCGAUUCAUACGGCUAUGACAACUAUGUGGCACGCGUCCCAUAUGCAAGCUCGAUUGUGCCAGCCCGUGUUAGGUCCGAAACGGGCUAUGCCACUUUUAACACGCAAGCGGUAGCUAAUCAGGCGACCUCCUACGAGUUGCUGGUCGCCAAUGAGACCGUCAGCUAUCACUGGGUGCGCAGUUACGAUGGCUUCAGGGAAAGGAAUGCUGUUUCUGUGGGCACAAGCGACCUAAACGAACGUGUUUACGUCUGCCGCGCCAGAACUGAUGGCGGUAUUUUCAUUGGCACCCUGUAUCUUGCGCAAAAGGUGUGUUUCAUCCGGUACGAAAAUUUCCCUAUGAGACAGAUCAGUAAAUACGAGGUACUGGUCCGACAAGUUACGCCGGCAGUGUGGAUGCCAUUUGACAAUCAAAUAAACUGAUAAAUAUCGAAAUCUAAUAACUUUACAAUAGAUUUAACAUUUGUUUUAAUCAAUACUUAUAUAGAAUGAAACUGAAAAUAUAACGAGAAAGAAGAA